AUGCAGCUGGUGGCCAGCCUGGUGUCCGUUCUGCUGCUGGUGUGGAGCGUGAGAGCCACUGCACUGCCCGGAGAAGAGAGACUCGCAAUACAGAACACUAGGGAACAGAGCACAGUCCGGAAAGACGCCAUCCUGAAGAUGCUGGCGGGCCUGCUGGACAGCGUGGACGUGGGGCGUGAGGUGGCCUCCCCGGACGUGGAAGAGGCGGGCAAGCUGGAGGAGGAGCGGGCAAUUUCCUCUAUUGUUCAAGCUUUAGUCAUGACUGCUGCAGAAACUUCAGUGUUGUGGAUUUCACUGAACAUGUUGAACAGUGAGGAGCAGGAAGCCCAGUCCUCUGAACCCCUCAAUGCAGGAGGUUUGGAUUUAGCCACGGAACAGCAAGCAUCCAAACAAUCUCUUAGGGCUCUGCAGAGGCAGCUGGCAUUUGAGAAGUAA